CAGGCAUCUUGUCUCGAAAACACAUGUUCUCGCCUUCCAAGCCCUCAUCCUGUUGUCCAGUAGGCACUUUUGCCCUCGAUCUGGUUGGUCUCGCCUGGCGGUAAUGGUCUGUCUCGCUGGCUGUAUAGCUGUAUAGCUGCCCGACCAAAACAGGCCUGCCUCUCUCCUCAGUCAUCCGACCAGCACUCGAUUCGCUUUGAUUCGGUCGGGAUCUCAUGCCCAGUCGUAGGCAGCGUACCUACAGUAGUGCACAGUGGAGAGCGUAGCGCCCAGAGGUACUUCCACUGCCGGACCUGCACAGCCAUGUCGAGCUCGUCGGCUGCCACCAAUCGCUAUGUCAGACAGCACCUUCACCUCUCCGAACCGCCGCCGCCAGUGAACGCGCGCUUCUUCUACACCAGCGACCUUCCCAUCGACGAUCCACUCAGUCCGCUGCCCCCUCCGACGACAUCGACCAGCAGCGUGUCCAAGCAGCCACCCAAGCCCUUCUCCCACUACGACAACAGCGCCCUCGACAAGGCAUGGAACGAUCUACGGCGCAGAAUCAUUGCAUACAAUGCGGAGAGAGGGGAGAAAGACACGAGCAGAGUGAGGCCAAGGAAGGGAUCGAGUGCGGCAGGCAGCCAGAGAGAUAGAAGAGGUUCCGGUUCGCAGUCCCGUCCAGCAGAAGCACUGCGAGCAAAAGCUGGAGCCCAUGUCCCCUCUGGUCUCAGUCAUGUCGAAGGCCCGGCUGAAGAAGGAGAAGGAGAAGGGGGGGACGAUGAUGAGCUACCAGAAGCAGUCCCCCACAGCGCCACUGAGGUGGUGAGCAGUCUCGAGUCCACCACCACCGGCACACCCUUUGCACGCGCGCCGUCAAGGAAGAAGAUCGAUCCACUACAUACACUAGAAGAGAGGCCGACGCGACCUGUUGCCCAACAACAUGAAACCUACAACUGGGACGAUCGAGAUCAUCUGGCCGAGCGCAGCCCUGCUCCAUCGUCUCGUCCUGCUGCGCCGCGUGCCCCAUCUACCAAAGUGGCCGUGGGGGUGUCACGACUGCAUCACGUAGAAAUGCCAGAACUGCAUAUGACGCCCAUUUACUGGACUCCUGUCCACGAUACGGCGAAGGUGGUGCGCGGCACUUGGUUCUACCAAGAUACUAUGCUCCCUGUGGAGACACCUGUUGCGAACAUGCUCGAGGCGGGAUAUGUGGAUCUUCAAUGCUGGACGGAGACGUGGAAAGACGAGCUGAACAGUGCCGUCGAGGUGGGCGCUGCUGGGGAGAUGAAGAUUGUGCACAAACUAUGGCCUGAGCAGAAGUUGAAAGCGAGGGAGAAUAGAGCAGCUUCGAUGCGGAGCAACCAAGAUCAAAGCGUGCUGGAGACUGCCGCUAGCAUGUUAUACUCUACCGGUCCAGAGAGCGUGGAGCAACACAGAGCGAAAGCAGUGUCGGCGGCCUGCGAUGUGAUUGAUGCAUCGACAGGAGGUGCUGUGGACAACAAGGCUUAUGGCACCUCCACAUAUGGGAGAGCUGGAGCGAUACGCCAGUAUGCCACAUGUGGCGUGCUCUACGCCAACGAACGCGAAGCAAAGAUUCUCAAGCCAACUCUGCUUCCUUCUGCAUACUAUGGCCGACGUCCGCUGGCCAACUACAUCCGCAAAGGUCAUGCGAUUGGCAUACCUGUGGUGCGUGGCUUCGAUCAAGCCAUCUGGGACAAAUUGCAUCCCCCGAGGAAAGGCGCGAAAGUGACGAAAGCAGCACACGGCGUGGCGACUUCGGGGUCGAGUGCAAAUGUGAGAGCCAAGCUAGACCCCGAUCUUGCUUUGAGUGAGCGGCCAAAGGUCACGGAUCUGGUGUUUGUGAUUCAUGGGAUUGGACAGAAACUCAGCCAGCGUAUGGAGAGCUUCCACUUCACUCAUGCUAUUAACGCCUUCCGGCGAGAAAUCCAGGUCGAGUGUGGGAACAAGGAAGUGAAGACGCACUUUCGGAAAGACAUGGGCGGUAUCAUGGUGCUGCCCAUCAACUGGCGCCACUCGCUUUCGUUCGAAGAAGGCGGUUAUCGUCCUGACGAAGAUUCAGGAGACGCCAAGGCCUCUACAGCAGAGAACGAGUUCACACUGCAGGACAUCACGCCCGACACUCUGCCUUCGGUGCGCGGCAUUGUGUCUGAUGUCAUGCUCGACAUUCCGUACUACAUGUCGCAACACCAGCCAAAGAUGAUCGCGGCUGUGAUCAAGGAGGCGAAUCAUGUCUACAAGCUGUGGUGUCAGAACAAUCCUGGCUUCUCUGAGCAUGGUAAAGUUCAUAUCAUCGCCCACUCACUCGGAUCUGUCAUGGCCAUAGACAUCCUCUCCAAGCAGCCCACCGUUGUUCCGCCCCACCUCUCCGACCCUACUCAGAUCGAUAUCGAGACCGACGACAUUGACCACUUUCUCUUCAACACGUCUUCCUUGUUCCUCGCGGGAAGUCCUGCUGGUUUCUUCGUCCUGCUCCGCCGUUCUCAUCUUCGUCCUCGAAUCGACAGUCCGUCUGCCCAAGCCCAAGCUGACCCCGAAAGCAAUACGCCGACGAUCUGCGGCCAAAGAGGUCAAUAUGGGUGUAUCGCAGUUGACAAUAUCUACAACAUCAUCAAUGGUUACGAUCCUGUAGCGUACCAGAUGAACGCUGCCGUGGAUCGAGACUAUGCAACUUCACUACGCAAAGCUCAUAUUCCAAACAACACGCCCUCGUACUGGUUCCCUGCUGGUACAUCCAACACCACACGCUGGUUUGGCGGCGGUUAUGGAUACCCUACUACAGCGACUGGUGACGUUGGUUCGAGAGAUAUCCCUGUCCUGCCCCGAUUACCAAGUAAUGUUGAAUUGGAAGUUCACAAUUUCACAAGAGAAGAGAUUGCAGAGAAGAGAAUGACGCUGUUGAACGAUAAUGGACAGAUUGACUAUUUCGUGAAGUAUGGCGGAGGAACAUUUGAGAUCCAGUAUUUGACUAUGCUGGGUGCGCAUAGCGCUUACUGGGGACUAAGGGAUUUCAUCAGGAUGGUGGUUAUAGAGGUAGGAAGAGCAAGAGGCAAGGAUGGAACGCUGCCGGGUCUGAGGGCUGUGAAGAAGAAAGUACAUGGGGUCAAGUGAAAGUGUGGAUUCAUCAAAGACUUACAUGGGCUCUUAAAUGAUGCCGAACAGUGCAGCACGAGAGCCAUUACAUUUCCUGGUGUGUUAUAUAGCAUGAUACCCGUGUUGGUAGCUGAACAGACAGUGUACUAGCAUUUGAUUACCG